AUGACUUCUGGUGCAAAGAGUGUUUGGUGUCAGCAUUCUUGCCCUGCCUUCAGUCUGCCAACUGGCUUGGUUGACAACGGCUGAUGAACCAAGGAGCUGCUGAGAGACGUGGACGAUCCGUCUGUCAACAACUUCUUGAAUCAGCUAUUUCCAUAGGUGUUCGAGGAAAAAAAGGAUGAGUUUUUACAGAAGGCUUCGUUCUUUUUUCCAAAGACUCGCCUCUAGGGAGCACAGAGAGAUCCAUGUGCACAAAGUGCUCGUCCAACCUGCAGCCAUUGAGGUAUGCUCUGGCCUCAGACAGCAAGAACAGGCCUUGCCAGAGAAGCCCCAGAGAAGAAAAUGUUCAUGGACCAUCCUGUCAGGCAUGAAAAGACUCUGUGUCUGUUGCCAAUCAGACAACUCAAUGGCAGAGAGCAAUGAGGAGAGAACAGCUUCCUCUCCAAGAAGGUGGAUGCACUUGUCCCUGAAGAAGAAAGCAGCUGAGACCCAGGUGGAGGCAGAGGAGGUGAAGCUGCAGGAGACUACAGACAAAGUCGAAGUGGAUCUUACAGGGACAAAGAAGGAGCCAUCUGAGUCGAAGGGGAAGUGGGAAAAGGGGAGCCCAGAAGAGCAGGAAGAAGAGCGCACUUCCAGCCCCUCAUUAACAAGCAGCUCCCAUAUGAUGAUGACCCGCGGGGAGCAGCCUUCCACAGCACCGCUCCACGCCCUGCUGAUGACAGCCAUGCAGGGUCUGACAACACCCACCCUGGAGAGACUUAGAGCUGCAGAGGAAGAGCUGAGGGCCAUCGUAUCUCUCUAUGGAGACAAGAUGGAGAGAGGUUUCCUGCAGGUCAUCCCUGUCUCUGGCCGAGUUCCUUGUUUCUAA